UCCACACCCCCAAGAUGGCUACAGCUCAAGCAAGCAGAGAUGACGAAGAAAGCUUACGAGCCAAAAUAACUGAACAUUUUGACAGCUGUCCAUUAUGCCUUGUGGAGCACAAAGAUCCGACAGAUUUACCAUGCAGGCAUACAUUUUGUAAAGGUUGUCUGAAGACUUGUAUUUCUGAUUUAACACCAGGAAGUAAAUUCCAAUGUCCCAUGUGUCAGAAAGAAACUGAAGUUCCUGAAGAUGGACUUGAGGGCUUUGCUCACAAUUUCUACAUUGAAAGUUUGCAGGACACUGUACUUCAGUCAACACAUAAGAAAAAGUGCAGCACUUGUGCCUUGUCUUUUCAAACUGAAACUGUAGCAGCAUCAAAAUGUAUCACCUGUCAUGACUACCUAUGUGAGAGGUGUUCUCCCUUCCACUGUGGUAGCAGACUCACUAAAGACCACAGAGUACUCACCUUUCAACAGCUUUACAGCAGCGCGUAUCAAAAAGAGAUCCAAGAGCAGAAAAAGAUUAUCUGCCCAGAGCACAAGCAUGAGAUGAUAAGAUAUUUUUGUUCAGACUGCAACAUCCCCAUUUGUUGUGACUGUAGAGAUCUACACCAUGAUGGUCACAAACAUAUCUCUCUUCAAAAAGCUGCAGAGAUUGUAAAACCAAAACUUCAGACAAAAUUUCAUGGGAUUGAGAGAAAAUUAGUAACAGGUGAGAAAACAUUAGUUACAAUUGAUGAAACACUGGAAACCCUCCAAGAAAAUGAAAACUCUGUUCAGCAGCAGAUAAAAGCUCGUGCAGUUCACCUACACCAAAUCGUAGACCAAGGAGAGAAGACCUUACUACAGGAGGUUCAUCAAACCAUGAGUGCUCACAGAAAUAAUUUACAAGCUUCCCGCAAAAACUGCAGUGCCACGUGCUCCUCCAUCAAAACCACAGCAGAUGCAGUAAACAACAUCCUUCAGCAUGGUGCCCCCAUAGAUAUCCUCAUGUUACAACACCAACUUGGACAGAGACUAGAUGAGCUACAGUCCACUUCAGCUGUGGACGAAAUUCCCGAAGAACUAAAUCUCACACUCACCACCAACACAGAAUUGGACCAAGAGAUAUCCAGUGGGGCUGGCCUGGGGAAUUUGCAGAUAUCUAGACACCCAGCUUUGCCCAAGUUCAAACCACAGGCUGAAUGUAUGCUAGAGUUUGACACUGGGUUGACACCUGGGGACAUUUCAGUGAGUCCAAAUAGGGAGUAUGUUACUACCCAUGGCAUCCAUAACAACGUCAAGGUUUUUAGUUCAGAUGGUACAUUAAGAAAAGAGAUCACUAGUGUUUCAGAUAUACAGCUGACAUGUCCAGUAGGGAUCCGUCACUUCCCUGAUGGAAGGAUGGUUCUAUCUGAUACAGACAACAACAAACUGUUCAUCCUGUCACCACAAUGGGAAGCACAGCAAACUGUAGAUGUUCACAGCCCAAGGGGUGUGGCUUUCAAUAACAGCUGCACUAAGAUUGCUGUGGCACAGGGUUAUAAUGAAAAGUCUGUGAGUGCGUUCAGUAUUGAUAUCAAAGGGAAAAUAACUUCAACUGAUGUGAUAAAGGACAAAGAUGGGAAACAGUUGUUCAAUGCACCAUAUAAAGUGGCAUAUAUGAGGAACGGGUGCCUUGUUGUUAGUGAUGUAACACAAAAGAAACUUCACAUCCUAACCCCAUCUGGUGACCUACUGUAUCAGUACACAGGACCUGAUGACCAGUUAGGCCGACCUUAUGGUGUCUGUGUUGAUGCAUAUGACAACAUACUGGUCACUGAUUAUGAUAACAACUGCAUACACCUUGUAUCCCCAUAUGGGAAGUUCAUCCAGUACAUAGCAACUGACGUUGAUGGAUUAUAUGAACCAUGGGGAUGUACCAUCAAUCAGGAUGAAGAUCUGGUUGUGACUGAACUUCAUGGGAAAGUGAAAGUAUUCAGAUAUUUGAAAAAAUGACAUGCACUUUAAAAUGUUCAGAAACUGAAGAUUAAUAUGUAGUUUUUCAGGUAUAUUUUAAAGAACAAGGUAUAUACAUAGACGUAAAUUCAGCGCUGACAGAUACUUAUAUUUUUUAAAUUAGCUGUGAUAAAAUAAUGUUUCAUUUUCAAAUGGAAUGAAAAAAAUUGUAUUGCAUAAAGUGCAAGGAAAAGGAAAUGGGUGUUUUACAAUAAAUAAUAAGUUUAUUGAUACAUGUAACAGACUUAAAAUAGAUUUUUUUUUCAUCUGCAGAUGAUGAAAUGCUUAUAAGUGCAAGUAAAGAUGUAAGAAAUGACGUAAAGGAAAAUUUAAAGAAUACCCUAAAGUAAGACGUGUUAAAAGAUGUUCAUUUGAAGGCUAUCCAGUGUGUAAUGAUAAGAAUCAGAAAAUUAUCUGUGACACCAAUUAACAUUAGUUCUUGUAUCAUAACUAAUAUCCUUCAUUUGUUUUGAAUAACAAUUAUGAUACUUAAUAUAAGUGCAAAGAUAUAUUUCAAAUAAGAUAAAGGUCUGAACAUCAAAUGGUUCUGUAGUCUGCAGUAAAAUUUGAAUUUCUCAUAAAAUAAUGAUCUUAUGAUUUUUUUUCUCUUUUUAUUUGUUUAUUUAAAGGGAUAACAACUGAUCGUGACAAAGACGAGCCUAACCAUCAGUACAGGAUAUUGGUUUGUGACCUUGAUGGGCAAUUAG